UCGGAGUUGGAGAUGAGAACAUGACGCAAAAAGCGUGCCGCAGCCUCAUGCAGCUCAUGCUUCCCAGGUCCAAAGGUGACGGUGUUCUGAAGAAGACCACAAUCACCUCUGAGCCCAUCACUGACAUCAGAGUGCCGGCAGGAAUCCGCAUCCGGGUCAACAAUGACAAACACCAGAUGGUUCCAUCCACGGUGGAUCUGAUGAUGCAUCGCUGUCACACGUUUCUGAAUCAGGAGUUCAAAUACGACCUGAUCAACUUCAACAGCGAGCAUUUCGCCACGUUUGUUCGCUAUGGCCGGGCAGUGUGCACCCAGGUUGGUUUUGGUAACAGCUCAUCACCUGCUACUGACAAACAGUCACAUGGAUAA